CAAACAUCUGGAGACUGCGAGUGUCUCGUGGCGGCGGCGAUGCAAGAAGAAAGUGUGCACGAGCGGGGGCUCAGCAAGAAAGAAAACGUCUAACGGGACCAAAGUUGCAGGGAAAAUGAGAAAUAACUGCUCCGCGUCGUCUUGUGUGGAAUAGCCUCGGCUGCGUGAAGCGUGCGGGACAGGUCCGCGUACUCGGUUUGCUCGGAGGAAAACACGCUAACCCGAAGGCUGCGGGACACACCGGCGUCCCGUCCGCCGAGCUCCGUCUCCACCAAUGAGUCCAUGCAGAAGUCAGGCCCACUGAGUUAAAUGUUAGUACUACUGCAGGUAUCGCUCGGCUGGCCGAAGAGGAAAAAGAAGAGCGGGUCUGCUCCCGGUGCUGGAAGAUGUCUCUCUGGAUGAUACUGCCGGUUAGCCUCCCAGCUCUGACCAUCACUGGGAUCUGGGUCGUGUACGCCAUGGCCCUGUACAACCAGCACGUUUGUCCUGUGGAUAACUGGUUGUACAAUCAGUCGUGUGAAGAGGAGCUGUACCUGCAGAGUGGCCCGACAUUAUGCUGCACACUAGACAAUGUACCUCUCAUCAGUAAAUGUGGAACUCUGCCCCCUGAGAGCUGCUUCUUCAGCCUUAUCUGCAGCACAGGCUCCUUUAUGGUGAUGGUGAUUGUGCUGCUUCGUUAUGCCCACGUCAUUGAGAAGCAUCAGAACUGCGUUCUCAACACAGCGAGUCUCUCCACAGGCUGGAUCUGUGCCGCUGGACUCAUCAUGGUGGGCAACUUCCAGGUGGAUUAUGCCAAAGUCCUCCACUAUGUCGGAGCGGGCAUCGCCUUUCCCACCAGCAUGCUGUUCGUGUGCCUGCAGUCGGCACUGACCUACCGGCUGGCCAAGACCCAAGGGGAGUACAGCGUGGCUCACCUGCGGCUCUGCAUGACCCUGCUGGCCUUCGUUGCCCUGGUGCUCAGCGGUGUGUUUUUCUGCCAGGAGAGCUUCGUCCUGCAACACGCGGCGGCCAUCUUCGAGUGGGUGUUCUGCGUCAUCGUCAUGCUGUUUUACGGGACGUUCGCCUUCGAGUUCGCCAGCAUCUCGGGAGACACCAUGGUGGUGCUGGCCAGAGGACAUGCUGGGAGAGAACGCAAGAUGGAGGCUCUGGGAGCGCACCCGCAGCCACACGCACACUCGCCUGAGAACAUGGCCAUCCUGUAGCCUGGCCACGCAUGCUGAGGCCACGCGCGCUCGGCCUGCUUGUUCCCUUUGAAUUCCAGCUGUUGAUUGAGUUUAUUCAGGCUCAUCCGACGCUUUGAAAUGAACCAGACCAGUGCAGCAGCCAUUGGCGGCGGCGCAGACUCUAAGAUUUCAACUCCAGGGAUGUAGACCUGCGGCCACUGCUCCCACCAGAGCUCCGCGUCUCUGAAGAACUUGUUUGCAUUUUGCACAUUGCGCAAGUUUGAAACCAAAUUUUCCCCCUAAUUCACGCUUGUCCUGAAAGACUAGAUCUGAAUAAGUGGCCUUGAUGCUUUGUGAUUGUAGCGCACUAAGGGCUGCUGAACAGCCAAGCUGACGCUAUGACAGCGAGUCAAACUGGGAGGGAAAGGGGCCGUGUCUGUGUUACAGUGGGGGCACGACUGAUUCUUGCCAACCACACAAUUAUGGAUGAAUGCAAUACAUAGACUGUUAAACAGAAGAGUAAAGGCAUUCUGUAGCUAAUUCAGAGGUAGAACAGCAUUUUGCAAUCUUUGAGCUUCACUAAUUAACAGCCUCCACUACGUAGUUCUCGUUGCUUUUAGCUGUUUUCGUAGCUAUUCAGCCAACGACACAGAUCACUACAUUUCAACCAAAGUCCAGUUUUUUAUCUGCAUAUAGAAACGUACAGUCGGUCUAGUGCCUCAUUAACUCAAGUCUUUGGAUCAGUACACUAUAUCAAGCUUGAGCCUCACAUGCCUCCUCUUUGUAGACCCCUGAGUCCAUUGACAGACAUGACACCAUGUCCAGAGGAAGCAGAUGAGCUCUGGCUUCAUUGGGUUGUGACACAUGUUUUCAGGUCCUAUGGAUGCAGGUCUGUGUCUCAUUAUUCCCCAUCAAUGGGGAGCAGCAGCUUCCUAAGUGCCCAGGAUUUGGCAGCAUGUCCAGCUAGUGAGGAUUAAAACUGAAGGACGUAUGUGUUACUGUGCAGCAGUACGUGCCAAAAUAUCAGUCAUCUCUGUGGCUUCGGUGCUAAAAAAACAAAAGGCACAAAACUGAAUCCUGUAUUUUGUUUUAUUGAGUUUAAUUCUAAUUGUAAGUGCCAUAAAUACCAAAUCCAACUGUUUUACAUUGGAACAUGCUCCCUGCUCAUUUCACGUGGUAGAAAAACUCCCUAACACCACAUCCUCCCGCACUGUGCAGAGGUUGUGUCAGUCUUAGUUACCAUCUGUUACUGAGGACUAACGUAAAGUAAUUGACUCAGACUGAAUGUAUGAAUACUGUCAUCAAGACGUAACUUGAAGAGCACGUGGACGCUGCUCUGUGGAAGGAGCUGGGACGUCUUAACACCAGCCGCUCCACCGGUCGCUUGCCUCUCCCUACUGGUCAGAUGGCUUAUUGCAUGGGUUGGUGUUGGAUGCUGUAACGCUGAGGACCAACCCGACAGGAGGUCGUGCUUUCUACUUGAAAAAGAUAAAACGUUUGUAUCUACAGACAGGAGCAUUCAGCUGGUUUCAGGUUUAGGCCAAAUGUGCAUUUAUUUCAUGUCAGUUGCUAAGAAGGUGAAGCUCCUGUAUGAUAACUAAUGCAGACGUGAGCUUCAUACACUACCAUCUUUUGAAUGACAGGUAAUAAUUUGAUGCAUUUUUAAUGUUAAGCCAAAUGAUGGUCUGCUCAUGCUGCUCGUCGUGUCAUUCCACGUUUUCUAAAGCGACUCAUUUGACUUGGUGGUUUGUGUGUUACGGGAAUCUAUGCAUAACACUUGUCUGCUCCGUCUGCCUUUUGUCGUUUAGUGUCUGAUCUUCGCACUCAGGAAACUGUUACGACACCAGCUACACCCUUUAACGCUAAGCAAAAUGAAAUCUUUUUGCUUCUGCCUUCUGUUAUCUUUGUAUUAACAGUUAUGUUUAUGUAGGUUUUUAUGUAUAUUUGUUUUUCGUAGUAUGCUGUAGGUGCAACUGAUUUUUCCCCAGUUGCAGGAUGGAUUAGCUAUGAUAGAUUAUAUAAUAGAUUAUAUUUGUUAAUCAAGAUUGUAAAGCUUAAAAAUAAACACUAUGUGAGAACACAUGGUUAAAUAUCUGCAAGACAAAGUAGCUUACUCAUUCAAUCAGUAGAUCAUUGUUAGGAGCAUUCUGACAAACUAACUGGCUGUAAACCUCACAUGAAUCUCUUAAUCUCUAUCUAAUUGUCAGUUUAGUUGCAAAAUGCUCCCUAUGUGCCUUAUGUGUUGUUUUGAUAAUGAAAACCAAAGAGGACCGGGUUUUUAAUUCUAUUUUGAUGUCAAAGUCUUAUAUGAUUGUAUAUGUAUGCCAUAAUGUUCAAAAAAUAAAAAGACAACUUGAAAAAAGCA